GCUAUAGGCCGAGCACUGAAACCGCUUUGCCAUGGCUUGGAUCCUUGCGCGAAGCUUGCUUGCCUGUCCCCGCCUGACUGCCUUUUGCUGCUGUGCGCUAGUCGCUAGCUGCGUCCUACAAAAACCCUCCGGCAGCCUCUCCACGAGAGAAAAGACUACAGGAAUAAUUGAAGCCAGAGAGAGGGGAGGCUGGAGAAGGAGAAGCAGAGGACGAGAGAGCCCGCGAGAUCGAGGAGGAGCUGACGCCAACGCCGACGACAACCGCGAGCCGGAGCAGCUGCCGCCGGGAGCCACUACGUCAACGACGGUUGGUGCGGAUCAUGGCGUGCCCUAAACAUUUGUGGCUUCUGUUUUCGAAGUUGAUCUGCUUUGCAGCCACCUUGACCUCGAUGAUGAUAUACUCUUGGAACGUCGGCACCGGCCGUAUCCGCAUCAGGGCUUUCAACUACAUGUAUCUAGCCUUGAUGUUGCAAAUCUCAGUGUGCACGCUUGAGUUGAUGUUUCAGUCUAUGAGCAUCUACUUUGGGUCGACCACCCCGGCGCCCAAUCAUCUAUUGCUCUGCCUAUUACUGAUCAUCGGUGAUUGGGUGCAGGUGCUGGCAUUGUUUACAGUGGGUACAGCGUGCACCAAAGAUCAAUUCAUCAGGUCCGUCGUCGUAAGGGCCAUGAUCCACUGCGUGCUGUCACUGGCAGCAGGGGUAUCCGCUGUUGUCGCGGCCUUUCUGACCUCGGAGAUCGGCAGAUCGCCAAAGCUCGUCACCGUCAAGCACAGGCGUAGAUAUCUGAGAACACAAAUGCGUGUGUAGCAUACACAUGCAGUAGAUGCAUGCUACCUAUAUAGCUAGUAGAUGCCUGAAUAAUUGGACUGUACUACGUGUGGCUGAACCUUUUCGUGCACUUCUAGGAUAUUUCCACUGUAGUGUCUACCUGUACAAUAUAUCCAUUAUAUGUUUUCUCGUAAUUGAACUGAACACUAUCAAGGAUAUUUCCACUGUAAGAUCCACUAAAAGGACGUUUGUAGUUGCAAAGAAAGGCAUGCAUCAUUGGUGACUUA